GUUAGUCGGUGUUUUAGUCUCUUGGAAAUGAUUUUACUUUUGCGAUUUAUACUAUUUUAUUUCACAUGCAUAAAACAUGUCUUUGUGGCCUUUAGAUUUGCGAAAGUGGGUGAAUAUCCAUCUACGAUUUCAAUACGCUCAAAACAAAACCAAACUCAUUUUUGCGGUGGAUCAUUGGUAGACACCAUCCAUGCAAUUACAGCUGCGUGCUGCCUAUAUCCGAUCAAAGAUAACACCUCUGGAUUUGAGAUCAUGGGUGGAGACAUUUAUUUAUACGAAAGUGUAGGCUUUGUGGCGGCAACGCGGCAACGCUUUGGUUUCACUGUCAUCAUUCACGAACUUUUCAACCCCAAAACUAAAACGCAUAACGUUGCCCUCAUGCGCCUUACAAAUAGCGUGAAGCCUUCUUUUGCCUUGAGCCAUGUAAGUCGACAGGGAGGUCCAACUCUUUCUGGAAUUGUUUGUCAAAUUGUUGGUUGGGGAUCGAGAAAUAAUAUGAAAGUGUGUUUAAUAUAA